AUGAUACAGGUACUAACAGCUGACUCUCAGAAACUGGUACACCAGCUGAAUGCCCUUUUGGAACAGGAGUUGAGAUGUCAGCCAGAGGUCUGUGGCUUGAGACUAAUUGAAUCAGCACAUGAUAAUAGUCUCAGAAUGACGGCAAGGCUAAGGGACUUUGAAGUAAAUGAUCUUCUUACUCUAACUCAGUUUUUUGGCUUUGACAUGGAAACGUCUCUAGCUGUGAACUUACUGGACAGAUUCCUGUCCAAAAUGAAGGCACAGCCCAAACACCUUGGGUGUGUUGGUCUGAGCUGCUUCUAUUUAGCUGUAAUAUCAAUAGAAAAGGAAAGGAAUAUCCCAUUGGUAACUGACUUGAUCCGAAUAAGUCAGUAUAGGUUCAUGGUUUCAGACCUGAUGAGAAUGGAAAAAAUUGUAUUGGAGAAGGUGUGUUGGAAAGUUAAAGCUACUAUGGCCUUUCAAUUUCUGCAACUCUAUUACUCACUCAUUCAAGAGAACUUGCCAUUUGAAGAGAGAAAUAGCCUUAAUUUUGAAAGACUAGAAGCUCAACUUAAGGGAUGCCACUGCAGGAUCAUAUUUUCUAAAGCAAAGCCUUCUGUGUUGGCAUUGUCUAUCACUGCACUGGAGAUCCAAGCACAGAAGUAUGUAGAGUUAACAGAAGGAGUAGAAUGUCUUCAGACACAUUCCAAGGUAAAUGGCAGAGAUUUGACCUUCUGGCAAGAACUCAUAUCCAAGUGUUUAACUGAAUAUUCAUCAAACAAGUGUUCCAAACCAAAUGUUCAGAAGUUGAAAUGGAUUAUUUCUGGGCAUACUGCAUGGAAACUGAAGCAUAUUUACUACAAAAUAACCCAGCUUCCAACAAUUCCUGAAAUGUUCCCUUAA